AUGCUUUCGUCUUUGCUUGUGACCCUUUCUUUGGCUGUUUCUUUCGUGGUGGCUGCACCUGCAGUUGGAAAUUCGACUUUGGUAGAGAGACAAGGUUUUGCCCAAGUCGUCACGAAAUGCACCGUGCCAAAAACCGUCGCGUUGACUUUUGAUGAUGGGCCAUAUGUCUACUUGUACGAUAUCAGCAAAGCUCUUGUUGCUGCUGGUGCCAAGGGCACUUUCUUCUUUAGGGGGCCCUGCAUCUAUGAUCCCGACCAGGCGAAGCGUGUCUUGUACGCUUACCAGAAAGGCCAUCAAGUCGCAUCGCACACAUGGAGCCACGCCCAUCUCAACACUCUCACAUUUGACCAGCUUCACCACCAGUUCUGGCUCGUUGAGGAGGCUUUGAUGAAGAUCACCGGAGCGUAUCCAGCAUGGGCCCGUCCUCCAUACGGGGAGUACAACGACCUCGUACGCCAGGUCGCCGGAUCGCGGGGUCAGAACCUUGCACUUUGGGACUUCGACUCCGGUGACACCUGGGGCAUUUCCACUGCCGAGGUUCUCAGACGCUACGACAACCUCAUCAGCUCGCGCCCCAACACCGUUCUCACUCUCAAUCACGAGGUCCAUCAACAGGCUGCCCAAGUCGUCCUGCCGUACGCUAUCAAAGCUCUCCAAGCUGCUGGAUAUCGUCUGGUCACACUAGCUGAGUGCCUCGGAAUGCCCGCUUACCAGUGGGUUGGAGAGCCCCAUGCUCGAGAUGCUACUUGGACUUGUGCCGGCAAGUAA